GGCACCCUGAGAAGGGCGGGGCUAGAGAGAGAGAUUGGGAAUCACGCCUGGGCUGCCACUGCGCAUGUGCGGGGCCUUGUUAGAACGUUGGUGGCGUGGCGUCUCUUGACACAGACUCUGGGGACUCAGAGCGGCGGAAGGAGGAUUUGGACUAUGAGGAUUAACCAGAAUACUGUAUUGCAAGGGAAGAGGGUGACCCUAGUACCAUACACCUCUGCUCAUGUGCCAAGAUACCAUGAAUGGAUGAAAUCUGAAGAGCUACAACGUCUGACUGCAUCUGAACCACUAAGCCUUGCACAGGAAUAUGAGAUGCAGUGCAGUUGGCAGGAAGACACGGACAAAUGCACAUUCAUAGUACUUGAUACAGAUAAGUGGUCUAGGCAGAGAGCCACAGAGGAGGAGUGCAUGGUUGGAGAUGUAAAUUUGUUCCUCACAGAUUCUGAAGAUCCAACAGUGGGAGAAAUUGAAAUCAUGAUUGCAGAGCCCAACUACCGUGGCAGAGGCUUUGGCAAGGAAGCCACACUAAUCAUGAUGUCUUAUGGAAUGACACAUCUUGGACUUACCACCUUUGAGGCUAAAAUUGGAUUGGAAAAUGAAACCAGUAUUGGCAUGUUCAAAAAGAUUCAUUUUAAAGAGGUGGGAGUAAAUAAUAUCUUUAAAGAAGUGGUACUGAGAAUGAUUGUGAAUGAAGAAGAGAGGCAGUGGCUGCUUCAACAAACUAGCCAUGUGGAUGAAAAAAAUUACAGUCUCAUGAAACUACAGACUCAGAUUUGUGACAGCUGACAAGGCUGAUCUUCCUUUAUUUGGACUGUUGAAGGAUGGGACUGUCUUCAUUCAAACUCAAAUUCAUGGGCUCACUCCACAGCAUUUGUGAUAGACAGACCGACAGGAGAGAAGGCUAUAUUGGAUCAUAAUUCAAACUGUCUUGUUAUUACUCAACAUAUUCUGGUUACAUCCUGUAAAAAUGAGAAAUCAGGAACAACUACACCGACGUCCAUAAUCCCAGUUGAAAACAAUAUAAUUAGUGCUCCACAUUUCUGGUGGUUAGGGGCGUAGAACCUCAGAAAAACUGAAAAAAAUACAAAUACAGUGAGCAGCACCAAAGAUGCCAGCAAGGCCUGGGUGUGAGGCGCACGCUCCUCAGGCUUAUAGAAUCACAGUAUCAUAGAGUCAGAAUUGACCACAAGGGCCAUCCCAGUCUAACCCCCUGAGUAACAGGAAUUCACAAUAAAGUUCUCCUGAAAAAUGGGGCCGCCAGACAAACCAGGCUGGCCCAGUUGCCGCAGGGAAGAGCCGCGGCAUUUCCCAGGCCCAGGCGGCCCCCAGCAUCCCUGGCACAAGGAUGCCAGGGCCAGGAUUGACCCGGGCAGGCGGAAGGGGAGGCACUUCCGGCCCAGCACUGCGGACUACAGGUCCCAGCAUGCCUCAAGACCCGGAAGUGCCCCUGAUUGGGUAGUGUCAUAACACGGCGCCACCUGGGAUUGGAUGGGAGGCCGGGAGGUGGGACUGCCCCUCCUUCCCAGCCUCCCAUUAGACGCCUGGCCUAUUUAAGGCCACGCGGCGCCCAGGCCAGCGCCACUGCCACGAGGCUUGCCAGGGAGGAGGACGCCUGGAGGAAGAGUGCAGCGGGACGGCAGAGGAGCACCUUUAGGACUGCCGCCACUGCUGCCCCAACCCAAGCACGGCAGUGCGCCCUCCCCCUCCUGGGGUUCCGGCCGCUGAGGCGUGCUGCACCCGAGCGGCCCGGUUUAAUAAUAUUUAAUAAUAAUAAUUAUUAUUAUUUAUUUCUAACCCGCUUUUCCAAUAGAUCCCCCUUGCUUGGACAGGGCCAAACAGGCGAGCCUCCCUCAUUGCUUGGGCCACAGGUUCCUCCUGCCCACACACCCCGCCUCUGCAUAGGGUGCCUAUUGGGGGGCCUCCCCUCCAGAGCAGGGUAGUUUCUUGGCCUGCAUUAUAUUUAUUUACAGUACUCCACUGAGUUUAUUUCAUAUUGAAGUGCAAAACUGGCAGCUGAAUGCAUAUUAUCUGCAAUAUUCAUAUCCACAUUCUGUCCACCUCUGGAGGCUUAGAUAAGGGAAAGACACAUCAUCUCAUUUCUUAUAUAUUUAUUGGCAAGAGUAGCAUUUGUUUCACUUAUGAUUUGCUCAUCUGUUCCAUGUGCAGACGUACAGGAACUCACACUUUUGGCUUCUCAUAUUCCAAGAUUACAUGCCAAAGCCAAAGGUGUGGAGGUUUUUCGUCUCCUUUUUGCUUUUUAACAUUUUUUAAAAUAUUGUUAUAGCAAUAUUUGGCAAAAACAUAGACAUUUCUUUAAAAGUAGUAAGACUAUGUCAAUGAAAAAUACUUCUUUUCUUGAAUAUUAAGAGGAGUCUCUAGAAGUAAUUUCACAGCACAGCUUUAAAAAACAAACAGAUGCUGCCCCUUUGACUGCAAACAGGGUAUAGCUGAGUGAUUUUAGAAAGAACAAGUGUUUCUGUCUGAAUGCUUGUUCUCUUCACCAAGUACAGUGUUCACUAAAGUCUGUUUGAUCCAGCAUACAUUCUUGUUUAGCACAAAAGGAAGGAAGGGUAAUCUAAAUGCUGCAUUUAGUUACAGAUACAUUGCAGUAAACCAAGUUCUGCAUCUUGAAACUCAAACCUUUCUGUCAUUCAUCUCAGCUUAGCCUGCUACUGAUCACUAUAUGCACACAGUCUAAAAUGGGAAGAAAAGAUGGGCAAAGCAUUACACUAACGUUGCUCUAGUAACUUAGCUAAUAUACAAUUGAUAAUAGAAAAAGGAGAAGGAAUGCAACAAAACAGGUAUGAAAAAAAGGUUUUGCAGAUUUUUUUUAUUUGUGCAUGUUUUUCAGGUGAAAAGGGUUAAUGUCUACAGCUUCUAUGGUGCCCAGCGGUCAGCAUACAAAAAUGUAAAAGACUAUUCACAAAUAAAAACAUAAGCCCAACCUA